UGCUCGCGCACUCAUACUCGCUGAACGGGACCCGCGCGGGACGCUGCCUUCACUGUUCACAAGCAUCCCUUUCGCAUUUCUUCCUAAUUCCGCCAUUGAACGUCCUCCUGAACGUUUGUUUGUGCCGAUUGUGUGGUUGGAUGUGCGAAGAUGGCGUGUCAGGGGCUCCAGGCGGGGGAAAGUCUGGCCUCGCUCAAGAGGGAAAGUGCCAAUUUAAAGAAGAAGUUGGAUGAGGAGAGGAACAAGCUCAACGACGUCGAGUUAAGCAAGGUGGCAGAGAAGGUGGAGGUGUUGUCAUCUCUGUCCAUCAAGACCAGACGUGUGCUCAAGGGUCACAACAACAAAGUGUUGUGCAUGGACUGGUGCAAAGACAAGCGGCGUAUGGUCAGCUCUUCGCAG